AUGUUUUCAUGUGGCAAAAGUAGCGUCAAUGGAGGUGGUCCUUUGCAUCAACUUCUUAGACAUCUUAUCAGUCAUAUCAGACGGUUUGAAGGGCUUCAUCAUCGUUCAUUUUCUGACCCCAAAAGAAUAUUGCAUUGUCUCCAUGCUAGAAGGAUAGUGCCCCCCCCCCCCCACAAACUAACAUUGCUGUCAAAGACCAAAAGAAUUGUGAUUUUGGCGAGUUCCACCAUCAUCAUUUGUGGCAACAGCACUAAACCAAAACCCCAAAUUUCUGGACAUGGAACCUCGAUCAUCGGCGGCUACUCAGGUCAGAUGAUUAAACACGCAUUUAAGCAGAUAAAAUACAUAACGCAUCCAAUUAGUUUAAAGGUACCUAGAAUGUGUCCCAUUCUUACAUACCACGUUGCCAAAAUGUUAAUUUGGAAUCGUUCAAAUAGUCAAAAUACAGCAAGAGGAAUUUUCGGAUUUUCAAGCCAAACAACCAAUCCCGUAGGGCAACACAGAUAUGUCGUCUUCCUCCAGAUACCAGCAAGACUGCAACAAAAAGUUAAAGCGAAAAUACAUUUCCCUUCACUGAGUAAAUCAACUCUUGAGAAGCAGCAGCUCCUUCAGCAACAUCGAUCUGAGAGAAAAAUGGAGUCAGAGAAAAAGAUCAUGGAACAAGAGAUUCAGAACAUGAGCGAGAAGAAUGCAAUAAUGCAGAAAGAGAAGGUUGAACUUCUACAGAAGAAGAGGCAACUGAGGACUAAAGUGGCCAAUGGAGGAGAAAGUGAAAAUGUAUCAAAGUCCAAAUUGGCGGCUCUGCAUGCAGAGUUGAUAGAUUUGCAGAAAACAAAUCAAGUGUUUCAGGAAGAAAAAUUUACUGCUCGGGAAUGUUUUGGACCUCAAAAAUGCAGUGGCCCGUGGCUGAAGAUGAAACAGCAUAAUUCUGAGAGGUGCUAG